UUUCAGGCACAAUGAAUGUUAAUUGGAAAGAAGCAAUACUUCAAGCACAAAAACGAAUUGAUCAGGUGUUGGAUAUCAGGCCAGAAGCAGCCGAGGUUGAAGUUGAUGUGCCAGAUGAAGUUCAUGCUGAGCAGGAAUGCUCAUCUCCGUCACAAGGGUCCGAGCCAUUAGCUGACGAUAUUGUUAUGUUGGAACCUGUUUUACCGCCAUUUCAUAAUAAUCGAUAUAUUGGAGAUGAUAUUCAAACAAUUAUUUCAUCGGACAUUGAACAUUUAACAAGAGCAUCUUCACGGACAGCGUCACCGGAUCGAUUACGAAUAAUACCAAUGGAGUUUGAUACGGAUAUCUCAAUAUCGAGUGUUGUGAGCCCCGCUGCAGCUCUGACACCUGCUCCAGCACCGGCUCCAGCUCCAGUUGCUGUGCCAGAAGUAACAUUACCAAAUCCUGAAGAAAUUCUCAACCAAGCAAUUUAUGGAUUGCGGAAGGAACUAACGGAGUACAAAAAAGCAAAUCAAUUCUUACAACACAGCCAUGCAAAUCUUGAGAGAGAAAUGGAGGAAAAUAGAUUUUCCGUGAAUGAAAAAGUUGUGAACAUGCUUAGUGAAGAACGGGAUCACUUUCAUCAAGAAAUCUCAAAUCUCAAACAUACUUGCUCCCAAUUAACAAAGGAGAAAAUUGAAUUAGAGGAAAAGUACCAAAAUAGCACAGAUUCGUGGCACAGAACUCAAGAUGUACUUCAAUAUUUUAGAAACCAGAUCUCACAAAUGAAAGGUGCGCUACAAAAAACAGAAGAAACAUUUAUCAGUGAUUUCGAAACUUUUGGAGCAGAAAUUAAAAGAAGCUUGGAGAAUCAAGCGAAGAGGAAAUCCUCAUCACCGAAGAUUAUACAAUUACCCUGUAACUGUGAAAACAAGUCUCGGGAGCAAACGAAUCAAGUCGUCAAACAUGAUGAAUCUACACAAACUAAAUCAGUAUACAUUGAUGAAAGCCAUCGGUGGGAGAGAGAAGAAAAGGAAAUCGCAUCUUCUCCAAAUGGCAAGAACGGGAAUGUGACCGACCUUCUGCAGAUAAUUGAACAAUUAGAGAUGGAAAAGAGACUUCUUUUGGCGCAGAGACGAAGUGAUAAAGCGGAAAUUGAGAGGCUGCAAGAACAACUCAAUGAGACCUUAAUCAUGCAUGGUGAAAAGAUCGAGCAACUUGAUGAAAUCCUCGUGGACAACGAAGAAUUGAAAGAUAUUUUGAAGCAACAAGCGUUGGCUCUCACGGACAAUAUUGCACAAUCAGAUGAAAAGGGUUCUACAUAGCAUUUUUCACAAGUUUAUUCAAUUGAUUACUAAUUAUGUAGAUUUUAUAUGUGAUAUUCAGUUGAUCCGAAAUGUCUUUUUUUUAGUUUUUGAUUCCGAUUUGGCUUUCAAUUUGAAUUUUUUGGUUAUUGAAUGAAGGGUUUACUUAAAAA